UAUUUUAAAAAUACCACUAUGACAUCUUUCUGUAAGUCUUUCUCUAUAACUUUCUGUAAGUCAUUUUAUAUUUCUUAAACAAAUAUUAAGUGAUGUUCUAGGUGAGACACCAUCUUGAAAAUGUUUGGUCUUGUCUUUGAAAACAAUUGCACCCAUUAAAAAAUGUUAGGUAACUUUGAAAUUUAACACGUUUGAUUUUUGAUCAUAUUAGUUUAUAUAUACAGACUACCUUUACUGAGGAGCUUUGAGGUUUUGGGAGCUGAAAAUUUAGAGACAGCUACUCUCACAGAGAUGGUGAGAACUCGGCGCUGUGAAAAGACGGGUUUAAAGAAAGGCAUAUGGAGUCCUGAAGAAGAUCAGAAGUUGAUAACUUACAUCAGGAGACAUGGCAUUUGGAACUGGAGUGAGAUGGCAAAACCUGCAGGUUUAUUAAGGUCUGGAAAGAGUUGUAGACUUCGAUGGGUGAAUUAUCUAAGGCCAGAUCUCAAACGCGGAAACUUUACCAGAGGAGAAGAAGAAACCAUACUCAAAAUGCAUGAAAAGCUGGGAAACAAAUGGUCUGCAAUAGCAGCAGCACUACCUGGAAGAACCGACAACGAAGUAAAGAACUACUGGCACACCCACCUGAAAAAGCGCUUGCACAAACCAGCACAGUUGAAAACAUCCAAGGCUGAAUCCAACCAAAACAAUUUACCAGAAUUGAAUCUAUUGCUUCCUAAUCCUCCAGAAGCUUCAAGCUCCUCCGAUGGGUCUAGGAACAUCCCAGCACUGUUACCAAGUACUACUGGCCCUGCUAUUGGGAACGUAGAGGCUUAUAUUGGCUCACAAACAUGCAUAGAACUUCAAAGUUUAUCGGAAAUGGAAAAAUUGUACAUGGAAAAUCUUCAAGGGACGUUGGUUGAUCCUGGAUUUAUACUUCCACACUCUGAGCUAUGGUGCCUAGACCCUGCAAGUCUGUAUUGUUUUGAAAAUGAUGCAAACAGUGAUCUUUUGUUCAACCUCUCAUUGCCAGGAGAGAUUGGUGGAAUCAAAGAGCCUAAUGUCCAUUUUUAAGCGAAAUGCUAAAUGUUCAUGGUUGGGAUGUACAUAUGUAGCCUUGGGGGCAUGAACCAAUAGUUCCAUCUAUGUUGUUUUUGCCAAAGUUGACAUUGUGCUGUGAAUGAAUGAAGUUGGGAGUGCCUGAAAUUCAUUUCAAUAAAAGA